AAAAUUAUAAUAGUAUCUAUCCAUUCAAAUUAAUACAGUAGUAGGUACACAUGCAUAAUAUAAAUAUCAGAAUUUGCUAUGUGAAAAUAAUUUAUUAGUCAUAUAUAUCAAAAGCAAGGUGUUUGCAGAAAAGAAAAAAAUGAUUUUCUGUUGAUCUGAUUAUAAGUAGCUUGUUAUAUUUACCAUCUUUGAUUUUUCUAAUUUUCAAAGGUCAUACAUCAUUUCCUAUUUAUUACACACAGUCCCUUCUAAGACUUCUAACUAUAUGCAAACAGAAAGAUUACUUGAAUGUGAGGAAGGGGUGCAUGCUAGAGACCACCCCCCGAGCCAAACUCUCCACAUUCUGAGUUUACGGAGAAGUCAAGCAUGAGGGCUGAGCUGUCUGUGGACACCGAGACAGAGCAAUGGGAGACCGCGGUCGCGCAGGAGAGGAGCCAGCCCCUGUUCCCGCCAGUGGUGGCCAACCCCUUCCUGCAGCAGAUGCACAUCAGUGCGUGGCGAUGGGCUUGCACCAUCCUCCUCGGGACUGUGCUGGUGCCGGUGCGUGUGGCCUGCCUCGCCUUUCUCUUCAUCCUCCUCUGGCCUAUGGUCGUGCUUUCCACCUUUGGUCUUCCUGCUCAACAAGUCGAACCGACCAAACACUGGCGAAAAAGUCUGAGGAAACCAGUACUUAAAUUUUUGUUUCAGGUGGCGAUUUUUUUUGCUGGGUUCAUAGUUAAAGUAAAAGGGAAAAAGGCGACUCGAGAUGAGGCCCACAUCUUCGUUGUAGCACCACACUCGACUUUCUUUGAUGCAAUCGCCUGUGUUGUGGCAGGCUUACCUUCAGUGGUCUCUGCAAGUCAAAACGUGCAGAUUCCAAUAGGUGGGAAACUCCUCCUGUUAACAGAGCCGAUACUUGUGACCCGAGAAGACCCUAUUUCUAGAAAGAAUACCAGGAAUGAAAUAUUGAAGCGAGUAACAUCUGGAAGGAAGUGGCCGCAGAUUUUGAUUUUUCCAGAAGGCGUGUGCACCAAUCGCUCCUGUCUGAUCACUUUUAAGCUAGGAGCCUUCUCUCCAGGUGUCCCUGUGCAGCCAGUGCUGCUCAGAUAUCCAAACACCCUGGACACAGUGACUUGGACCUGGCAGGGGUUUACAGGCUUCCAGGCCUGCAUGUUGACGCUGAGUCAACCUUUCACCAGGGUAGAAGUUGAGUUUAUGCCUGUUUAUAUCCCAAAUGAUGAAGAAAAACAAGACCCCCUCCUUUUUGCCAAUGCAGUUCGAAUUAACAUGGCAAAUGCUUUGGGAGUGCCUGUGACAGACCACACUUAUGAAGACUGCAGACUGAUGAUUUCUGCAGGUAACCUUCAACUCCCCAUGGAAGCUGGUUUGGUAGAAUUUACAAAAAUUGGUCAUAAAUUAAAAUUAGAUUGGGAUAAUGUUCAUAAGUAUUUGGAUGAAUAUGCUUCAAUUGCAGUUGCCUCAAAAGGAGGGGAGAUAGGAAUUGAAGAAUUUUCAAGUUAUUUAAAACUCCCAGUUUCAGAGCCCUUGAGACAACUUUUUGCUCUCUUUGACAGGAAUAAUGAUGGCAUCAUAGACUUCAGAGAGUAUGUGAUAGGUCUGACUGUCCUGUGCAAUCCUACCAACACUGAAAAGAUUCUGCAAAUGUUAUGUAAGCUUUUUGAUCUUGAUGACGAUGGUUUCAUAACAAAACAGGAAUUUGCUGCUGCACUUCGGGCAGUUUUUGGAGUGCCAGAUCUUGAUAUUACCAGACUGUUUCAGGAAAUAGCUGGAAAGAACUCAACACACAUUUCAUACAACACCUUCAGGAAAUUUGCCCAGACGCAUCCAGUGUAUGCCAGGUUAUUUACUUCAUAUCUAGACCUCCAGGCAGCCUAUAUAUAUUCACUGCCACAAGACAUACAGUCUUAAUCACUAUGUUGAAAUGUUGAAGUCACCCCGAACAUGGUG